AAAUAAAAACAAUCACUUUUCCUUCCGGAAUCAUCCAUCUACUGUUGCUGUCUCCGCUUAGCUAGCUUGCAUGAAAUAUCUUUCUAGAAACCUGGAAUAACGACGACGUACUUUCUUUGAAGAUUGAAUCGUCAAAAUGGGUUACAAUAAAUUCCGAGUCAACGCUACUCGGAAGAUGUCGAAGACGUUAGCUCUGACUGUUCUAGCCUGUUUGUCGUUCUGCAUCUGUGUUUGCAGGGCAGAGGAUAGUGCCAUGGAAAACAUGGUAACAGAGAGGAAGGUUGAGGAUAACCACAGACAAGACAGUGCCGACCUGCUGAUUUUCAUCAUGCUCCUAACCCUCACGAUUUUAACCAUAUGGUUAUUCAAGCACCGUCGUUUCAGGUUUUUGCAUGAAACGGGACUGGCUAUGAUCUAUGGCGUGCUGGUUGGGGUGGUCCUGCGCUAUGGUAUCCACGUACCCCGUGACAUUAGUAACGUCACCCUCAGUUGCCAUGUCAAUGCCAGCCCACCCACACUGCUCGUCAACGUCAGCGGCAAGUUCUACGAGUACACGCUGAAGGGCGAGAUCAGCGCCUCUGAGAUCAGUGAUGUGCAAGACAACGAGAUGCUUCGCAAGGUGACCUUUGACCCUGAGGUGUUCUUCAACAUCCUCCUGCCCCCUAUCAUCUUCCAUGCCGGCUACAGUCUGAAGAGGAGACACUUCUUCAGGAACAUGGGGUCCAUCCUGGCCUAUGCCUUUCUGGGAACAGUCAUAUCAUGUUUCAUCAUUGGGUUGCUGAUGUACGGCUGUGUCACGCUGAUGAAGCAGGUGGGACAGCUUAACGGGGACUUUUUCUUCACAGACUGUCUGUUGUUUGGAGCCAUUGUCUCUGCAACUGACCCAGUGACGGUGCUGGCCAUCUUCAACGAGCUGCAGGUGGACGUGGAUCUGUACGCUCUGCUGUUUGGAGAGAGCGUUCUCAACGACGCCGUGGCCGUGGUGCUGUCCUCGUCCAUCGUGUCGUACCAGCCGGAGGGGGACAACAGUCACACCUUUGAGGUGAUGGCCAUGUUGAAGUCCUUUGGGGUGUUCCUGGGUGUCUUCAGUGGAUCCUUCGCCCUGGGAGUGGCCACCGGGGUCAUGACGGCGCUCGUCACUAAGUUCACUAAGCUGAGGGACUUCCAGCUACUGGAGACUGCUCUCUUCUUCCUCAUGUCCUGGAGCACCUUCUUAAUGGCAGAGGCCUGUGGCUUCACAGGUGUGGUGGCAGUGCUUUUCUGCGGGAUCACUCAGGCUCAUUACACCUUCAACAACCUGUCCCCUGAAUCACAGGACAGGACCAAACAGUUGUUUGAGCUGCUGAACUUCCUGGCAGAGAAUUUCAUCUUCUCCUACAUGGGUCUGGCCCUGUUCACCUUCCAGAACCACAUCUUCAACCCCACCUUCAUCGUGGGCGCUUUUCUGGCAGUGUUCCUGGGCAGAGCAGCCAACAUCUACCCCCUAUCCUUCCUGCUCAACCUUGGACGCAGGAACAAGAUCAGCUCCAACUUCCAGCACAUGAUGAUGUUUGCAGGGUUGCGUGGGGCGAUGACCUUUGCCCUUUCCAUCCGGGACACGGCUACCUACGCCCGUCAGAUGAUGUUCACAACCACCCUCCUCAUCGUCUUCUUCACUGUAUGGGUCUGUGGAGGCGGAACCACCCAGAUGCUUUCCUGCCAGCACAUACGUGUGGGUGUAGAUUCGGACGCAGAUAACUCAAUGAGCAUUACAGAGGGAUCAGAGCGGCGGAGCACCAAACACGAGAGCGCCUGGCUCUUCAGGAUCUGGUACAACUUUGACCACAACUACCUGAAGCCCAUCCUGACCCACAGCGGCCCUCCUCUCACUGUCACCAUGCCUGCCUGCUGUGGACCAUUGGCCAGAUGCCUCACCAGCCCACAGGCCUACGAGAACGAGUGCCAGCUGAAGGACGACGAUUCGGACCUCAUCCUGACGGACGGGGACAUCAGCCUGACCUACGGUGACAUCACGGUGAGCACGGACGCCAGCGGCGCCCACACCAGCGCCGGGCCCGCGGGCACCACCUCCGCCGUCAUCUCCGCUGACGACCUGGACCGCGAGCUGACGUACGGUGACAACGAGCUGGUGAUGAGGGGCACCCGCCUGGUCCUGCCCAUGGACGACUCCGAGCCCCCGCUCGCCGACCCACGACACCGCAUGCGGAUGUGAGGCGAAAGAGAGGCCAGAUGACCAAUUCACUCUACGUCCUGCUCCCCGCAGGAAUUAGAUCAACUAAGAUCAGCAAGAGACUGGUCUCUCUCUGUCUGU